GCACAGCCAAAAGCAGUGCGGCCGAAUCUAGUGCCGUGGCUGGGUUACUACUGUGUUUUAUACCUCCGCUGUUUUUUCGUAUCGUGCGUGUUUCGUGCGUGCAUUUAUCUAUUACAGAUUUAGAAAUUUAAAUUGUUUUACGAUAACCAGUGGAUUAACGUGUGAUAUUUAUUUUUAAAUAAUAGUGUACUAACCAACUAAAGGAUCUAACACAUAAUUUAAGAUACCAAGAUGUUGAUGUAAUUCGAAUUUUAGCGGUUACUAGUGGAGUUUAAUAUAUAUAUAUAUAUAUAUUUUCUACAACUGUAGUUCGAAAUAACAAGAACGAAAAACACCGCGACGGCCAUGGCUCGCCGUCGCGAGGACACCGACGAUGGUGAUUAAAAACGUCGACGGGUGCGGCAUACUAAACCAGUACGAUAAUUUAAAUAGUAAAACUAAUAAUAAUAGUUUUAAAAAUAGUCACAAUAAUUAAAACUCAUAGUAAAAAAUUUAAAUAAAAUGUUUGUCGUGAUAAUUAUAAAUUUAUUUAUCAAGUUCGCAGGCUGUUGAUCAUCCAAAACUCUGUUUGCUUGUUUCUGAUAGUUAUUGGAGAACAUGAAGCUGAAUUUUAUUUAAUGAAGAAUACAAAGUGGAUUUGGUGGUGAUAUGGUUGUGAAAUAAAGCAAGAGAUCUUUUUUAAAGUAGUCUAGCAACUUGUAAAAAUAAUAAAGUCAGAUAGACUUUAUUACAAUAUAUAUAUUUCAAUAUACGUAUAUGUAUAUAUAUAUAUAUAUAUAUAUACUUGUGGUUGUUUUAAAAGCAGCGGUGUGUUUUUAAGGACGUGAUACAUUGCCCGGCGGACUAGUUGUGUGUUAUUGGUCUUGGUCAAAAAGCGAUAGCAAACCGGAUACACUUAAAAACGUGUAACUGGCUAGCUGGUGUAGACCAACAAGCCGACGAGCCGGGAGGCUUUCAUUUUAUUUUGUUGGAAGACAUUUGUUAAGCUGUUGUAGUUUUCAGUUGGUCGACAACAGAGCCAAUAAAGUUUUUGAGACAUUAAGCAAGCAGUCCGUCCUCCUACAAGGGGAAGAUUACCCGCUGGAGGAUGAAGUCGCCACGAGAAUUAACACACGGCUCUUAGUUUGUGUUCUUCGUCUCCAACGUCUCAAUUUUUUUUUUUAUCUUUGUUUUGUGUCAUCGGGGUGGAAGACUGGUUGUUAAAUCACCAGGGAAUAUAUAUAAGAAGAUCGUAAUCGUCAGGAAAAAUGCAAGUGGCAACGUUGUUUCGAGAGAGCAGUACUCUGCUGAGUGCUUCGAAUCUCGAUCCUCCUCAGCAACAACAUCCGGCUCUUCAACAGCAACACCAGCAGCAACAACAACAGCAGCAGCAACAUCAUCAGCCGCAGCAAGAACAACAACAACAUCAGCAGCAACAGCCGCAGCUUCAGCAUCAUCAGCAAAUUCAACAACAGAGUCCGGAUAUCCAUCUUGGUCAUCAUAUGCAGCAUUAUCAUAAAAUGUCUUAUCCAUCGCCAGUACAAAAUGGCGUACAAAAUAAUAGUACAAUGAACUGUUCUGGUUCUCAAGGGUUGAUGGUGAAACAGGAGGCACGGGACGACGGUUACGAGACGAGUCCAGACCUGGAGAUGAGAAGCAACGGGGGUGACAGUAGCCAGCAGUAUCACACUCCACUGACGCCACAUACGCCCCACACGCCGCACACACCCCAUACACCAUUAACGCCGAUAUCGGCAACGUCGCAUCAGCCCCAACAGCCAAGCUCCACUGGGGCCACGUUAGGACAGGUGCCGAUAAAAUGUGAAACACCAGUUGAUCCUUAUUCAUUCGUUGAUGAGGAAAUGUCAAUGAGUGGUGGUAUAAGAGCGGCAAGUAGUCCUGGUGAAAAUAUUGAUGGAAUGACAUGUUCUACCAGUAGUAAUAUACAAUCAAGUAUCAGUACUCCGUCAUCAUCAUCACCAAGCCCUAUGCCCAGUCAACAGCAACAACAACUUCAGCAGCAGCAUCAGCAGCAGCUUCAUCAUCAUCAACAACAACAUCAUCUUGAACAACAACACCAGCAACAUCAUCUUGAACAACAGCAACAACAACAGCAUCAUCAUCAACAACAACAACAACAGCAACAACAUCAUAUGAGUAUGAUGAUGAACGGUGCACUUAAUUCACUUCAAUUACCACAUCAACCGAAGAAACGAGGCCGUAAGAAGAAGUCAGAAAUGAUACUUACACCUGAAGAGGCGGAGCUUGCUGAGGCUAAAAAACGUGCUAAAACCUACAAAGAAAGAAAAAAGCACGACAGGUUCGAUGGUAUGCCUGAAGAAGAAGUCAGUAAACGAGUCCUCCCUGAUCAUCUUACUGAUAAUCUUGAUAUUAUUAUCAUUGGCAUUAACCCUGGGCUUUUCGCGGCUUACAAGGGCCACCACUACGCCGGACCAGGAAACCACUUUUGGAAAUGUUUACAUUUAAGUGGCCUGACACCUGAUCCACUUACUGCUGAAGAUGAUUAUUCAUUACUAAAUUUGGGAAUUGGUUUUACUAAUAUGGUCGCGCGUGCGACCAAAGGAAGUGCUGAUUUAACGAGAAAAGAAAUUAAGGAAGGCAGCAGUUUAUUGUUGGAAAAGUUAAAGAGGUACAAGCCAAAAAUAGCAGUAUUUAAUGGAAAACUUAUUUACGAAGUUUUCUCUGGUAAAAAGGAAUUUGGAUUUGGUAGACAACCGAAUUUAAUUGAGGGUACAAAUACAUAUAUGUGGGUGAUGCCAUCGAGUAGCGCCAGAUGUGCGCAAUUGCCACGCGCGGCAGAUAAGGUGCCAUAUUAUGCAGCUCUUAAAAAAUUUCGUGACUAUUUGAAUGGGACAAUAUCACAUCUAGAUGAAUCGGAUAUUGUAUUUGCUGAUCCAAAAAUAAAUAAAAAGAAGGAACUUGAUGCUAUUGAAGAUAAAAAGUCAACGUUCGAUGGUGACGAAAUUGAUGGCGAGAGUAGAACGUCUGAUUUAAAUGAAAUGAAACAGGAGCAAGGAAUGAUACCCGGUAAAAAGAAACGGGGUAGACCGAAGAAAAUUAAAAAUCCUGAUGAUCAAAUGAUGAUUCCAUCAGAGUCAGAUAGUAAAAUGGACACCAGUAGUGGUGGCAGUGGCAGUGGUAGUGGUGGUGUCGGAGGGGGAGGCGGAAGUGUUGGAGUUGGAAUGGGAGGAGAAGUGAUAAAGAAACGUCGUGGACGUCCAAAGAAAAUUCAUCAGCAACAGAAACAGCAGGAACGUGAAAAUAGGGAGCGUGAACAAAUGGUACAACAGCAACAUCACCAGCAGCAUCAACAGCAUCAGCAACAGCAGCAUCAUCAUCAUCAUCAUCCACAUCAUUCACAAAGCAUGGGAGGACAUCUUGGUGACAGCUAUGGCAACGUACCAGGCUGUUUUUCCCCACCACUUAUGUCACCACCAAAACCAUUUGCUCAUAUGGCGCCGUAUCCUCAACCCGAGUCAAAUUUUUUCUCCCAGGGUAUGAAUGACAGUCCGUAUAACAUGAGCGCUAAACAAAGUCCCGUACAUCUACAACAGCAUUACAGCCAAAGUCCUAAAUCCAUGUCCCUGUCGUUUACUCAUUCCGAUUUAUCGUCUGAGAUUAACACGGCAAUAUCAUCCGAGAAUAAUCUCGAGCCAUCUCCAUUAACGUCGCCAAGUGUCGAGCAUCCAGAUUUUGAACCACCAACAAGUAUGUCUCAACAACAGCAGCAGAAUCUCACGAAUGAUCAUCGUGCUUAUAAUCCAGCUGGUACGACAGAUGGUACAAUACCACACUCAGGUAGUCCUGGUACACAAUCACACUCUAGUUACACGAGCUACAUGGGUUUUCAUGAUCAACCGACGCCUGAAUCUCAUGGGCAUGGACAUCAAACAACGCCCACGGGGAUGAAUCCUGCUGAGGAACAGCAGCACUCACAUCAGUCCCAUCAUACACCACCGUUAAGUCAUCCUCACACGCCGACAAAUUCAUCAAUGUCACCUCAUCCCCACGAGCAGUACGGUAUGAAGAGGAAUACCAGCCAAGAUGUUGCUUCCAAGAGUCUGAGUGAUCUUGAGUCUUUAGUUGAUCAGAUACCCAGUAUAGCUGACGGUGGUAAUCAACGUUUGCAUUCGCAUUCAGUGAUAACUGACGACGGUCUUGGUGACAAUAAAAUGGAAUCACAUCAUCAAUCGUAUCUUUCUGGUUUUGCUGGUCCAGGUAUGAGUAAUUAUAGUCCGCCACUUGGAGGGGGAAUUUAUUCUGGCUCACAACCGCUUUAUCCAGGUGAUAAUUACGGAUCACCCUAUGGUAUGAACAGUCGCCAUGAACAACAGCAGCAACAGCAACACCAACAGCAACAGCAGCAGCAGCAGCAGCAACAACAACAGCAACAGCAACAACACAGUAAAUCUUAUACUGUAGAAAAUCUUGCGUCAAGUAAUUACACACCGAGCAUGAGCCAAGCAGGAAAUAGCUACUCAAACAUUAUCCCCGGUCCACAUUAUCCCGUACCGACUAUGGGACCCACCAAUGGCUAUCUCUUCGGGGGAUUAGAGUCAAGUCUGAUGCAACGUACUUACGGAAUGACCGGAAUGACUGGUAUGGGUGGUAUGCAUCCCUCGUUAGGGCACAUGGCUAAUCCCUAUCCAUACAAUACAUCCUACUCGAGUUCCUUCGAGGCGUAUCCUACACCUCCGGCUGGUAUUCAUGCACCCAGUCCAAAUUAUCCUGGGGGCUAUGGUGUCUCCAGCACUACCAGCAGUCCUGGUAAUUCUACACCUCCUUCCUACCUUCAAUCCCAUCACAGGCCACCCGUUGACCUUGGCUAUGACGGCGUAUGAUAAUCAUUGUAAGCGUUAUGCUUUACUAAAUAAACAAAAUAUUUAAAAAAAAGGAAAAAAUAAAAUAAUAAUAAUAAAAUAAACAAUAUAUAUGUAUAAAUAUAUAUUCUAUGCUGAAUACUACCUUUUUUUACGUAUUUUUACACUCUUAGAAUUUUCUUGGCAUGCCUGAAUGCUGCACCGUAAAAAUUUAAAAAAAUAAAAAACGUUGGCAUUAUGGCAAAAAAAAAAUAUAAGAAAAAAGUAUUUGCAAGACCGCGUCGCCGUUUUCAAGAAAUUAAUUUUUAUUAAUAUUGUAUAAUUGAUGUUUUACGGACGAUGAUUAUUAUAAUAGAAAAUAAUAAUGAUAAUUAUGAUUAUAAUAAUAAUGAUGAUGAUGAUGAUCAUGAUCAUGAUAAUGAUAGUGGUUAGUACGAAGAAUAGAUGACGAAUGAUGAUUAUGAUGAUGGUAAUGAUGAUGAUGAAUUAAAAAAAGUAAUUAAUGAUAAAUAAUAAUAAUAAUAAUAAUAAUAAGUCUGUGACUUCGGCGACGCGAUUGGAAUAAAUCUAGUCCACCCGCAACGAAUAGUGCUUUCGGUUGAUGUCAAUCAAUUCCGCAGAGUUUAAUUGUGUCGUUGUAACGUUAACGGCUCGACGUAAUUUAGGAGAUCGGCGAAAAAAAAUAAUUAAAUACUACGAGUAAACAACUCGCGAUGCUCAAAAAUAAUUAUUCAAAAAAUUUAUUAUUGUUUUAUUUUAAAUAACUCGUACGGUUUAUUUUUGCAUUGAUAAUAUAAUUAGAUUGGUUUUUAAUUCUUGUCAAAAAGAAAAAUAAAUUGUUGUAAGGCCAGUGAGGUGCUAUGUAAUAAACGUGCAAUUUUAUUACCGUACGUUUUAACUAUUAUUAUUAUUAUUAUUUUCGUUUUUUUUUUAUAUAAAUUCCUGACUACGUUGUUGUUGUUGUUAUUGUUGUUGUUGCCUUAACUAACUUCAAUUGUCAUUAGUUAUAUUACAUACUGAAUGUCAGUCUGUACAUUCCGUUAUAAACUUUACUGUUUAUUAUUAUUAUUAUUAUUAUUAUUAUUAUUAUUAGUGUAAUAAUAAUUAAAAGAGAAAGAUAAAGAUAGAAUAUGUUUAAGAGAUAUAUUAAUAUGAUAUUAUUAUUAUGUAUGUACAUAUAAUGAUCAUCUUAGAAUACUUUAUAGUUUCGUUAAAAUCUUAUAUAUGACAUUUAAUUUUUGUUUAUGUUUUUUUUUAUCGAAGGGUAUAAGUUUCUAUUGCGAGUCAGGAUUCAUUUCAAUUAAAAGCUACCGGGUAAUUAAAGAGCUCGCUAUUUUUUGUUUUAUUGAGAAAUUUUUGUUUGAAUUUUUAAAUUUUGAAAUGCGUUAGAAACUUUUUUUUUUGUAUUCGCAAUUAUAAUAAAUUUUUUGAAUUUUUUGUGUUCAAACAUCAGUAGCACGUAUUUGUUUUCAAGUGUAGAGAUAAAAAAUUACUUUCAUAAAUAAAAAUAGUCUGGAUCCAGUAAAUUUAUUUAUUGAUAAUUUGGCAUGAAUUUUUUUUUGACGAGCAAUUACUAUUUUUUUAUAAUAAUUAUUUUAGAAAAAUAAAAUAAUUGGAAACAAUACCAACGAGUUUUUUUUAUAAAAACUCGUAUCAUUGAAAAAAAGUUUUUGAGAAUAAUUAUUUUUAAAGUUUCAUUCAUUGUAUGAGUAAAAGAAAAAAAAUUCCAUUUCAAAAAGCGGAUGAGCGAUGUCAUUUUGAAUGAGGUCUAUAAAAAAAUUUUCUAUUUAUAAAUUUCUAUGGAUCCAAUGCAUUUUAGAAUUAUCCCAUUAAAUGCUCGUAAGACUUUGAUUCAAAAUUUUUAAGUUUAUUAACAAAAGUGAUUUGAAAAAUUUUGAUCAGUUGUAAUUUUUUUAUGAGCGUGAAUGCAGCAGACAUGAGACCAUUUAUUAUAAAUUUUGAAUAAAAGAAUAAAUUAAGAUAAUGAAUUUUUAAAAAAUGCGUGUACUACUGACAUUUGAUUUAUUUAUUCUAAAAUUUAAAAAAUUGCCAAUUGUCAGUUACAUUCACACCCACAAUUUUUUUUCUAAUUUUUAAAAUUAUUUCGCCGAUCUCCGGUAAAAUACUUUUGCGGUCGUUGUAUAUAUACAAUUAUAUAUUAAUGAUACAAAUAAGCGAAAACGAAUUUUCAUCGGUGUUGUUAUCAUUGUCAUUCACAGUUUAUUCUCGCGAAAUAAAAAACACGAAUAUAUAAUUAAUAAAUGUAAAAAUAAUAAUAAUAAUAAUAUUAAUAAUAAAUAUAAAUUUGCCAUUGCCAACCUGUGUAAAAAAAAAUCGUUCCAAAGAUUUUCCAAAAACGUUCAUGACAGUGAACUUCCAAAAUUGAGAGAAUAUUGAACUUUUAGUUUAACAUUUUUGGAACUUUGAAAAAAUUAGAAAGUGAACAAUUUGGAACAGGUGUAGGACUUUUUUGAGUUUGAAAAAUAGUAAAAAAAAAAGAAAUUAUGAACAUUUACGACUCUUACUAAAAUUAUUCAGGUAUAAGGCACGAAAAAAUAAAAAUGGUUUGAAAAUAUUCAUGUACAUUUUUUGACUUUUCUUAGAACUUUUUGGGAAAGUCAGUUUUUUUAAUUUCUUAAAUUAUUCAAACAUAAUCCAAAAAAUGAGAGAUUGGAAAUAAUAAUUAACUUUUUAUGAACUCACAAAAUUUUAAAUUUUGUUUAAAAAAUUUUUUAAAAAACCCCGCUAAAAAGUCUACAGUAGUUGAAAAUUUUUCACACUUCUAUUUAUUUUAAAGUUUCAAAAAUGUUCAACUCAAAUUUCAAAAUUGACUCAAUUUUGGAAGUUCACUAUCAGGAACAUUUUUGGAACGAAUUUUUCUCACACGGGAAUCGUCGUCUCUAUUAACGUUAUCAUUAAACAAACGUUUUAUUUAAAUUAUCCCCUCAGUAGUAAAUAGUUGACUUAAAAUAUUUUUAAACGCUCCAGUAAAUUAAAAAUAAUAAUAAUUUACGAUAACGAUAAUGAAGAUGACUCACCACGUUAUAAAUAAAGUCGGUUGUGUUACGUUUUACGCCAUAAUUAAUAUUCUAUUAUGUUUUCUAUUACAAGUUGGUUAUAUAAUCGCGAUUAAUGACUGAUGCAUGGCAUAUAUAUAAAUAAAUAAAUUUGUAUAUUUAUUUAUUUAUAUUAGUGAAUAAACAAUAACAAAGAGACGUAAUUUUAACAAUCGUUGACACACCGAGACAUUACAUCUAUAACUAAAAUAUAUUGCUGUAAAAUUAUGCAUCAGUUAUACAUAUAUUAUAAAUAUAUAUUAAAAUAAAAUUAACAAAAACAAAAAUUAUUGAUAUAAAUAUAAAUAUAAAUAGAUAUUGUAAUGAUAUAAAACAAAAAAUAUACAUAUUACAAUUAACUAGCCAGUAUGAUAAAUAAUUAUAAUAAUUAAUUAACUAUUUGUCAAAUAAUCAUUAUAUUGAAUGUGUCGAUGAGUUGACGACGGAGGUGAUGCACAGGGUAUAGAUGAAGUUGAUGCUAUUAUAAUAAUAAUAAUAAUAAUAAUAAUAAUAAUAAUAAUAAUGAUAAUAAUAAUAAUGAU